UGGUUAAUCGAUAACAGUGAAUAAUGGCUUAAACCUCGCAAGACUCUGACAUUCACCACAUCAACGCAGAAAACAGUUGCCAGGGUAACGAAGACAUCUCCACGAUGCUGCGCACAUUGUCCUUGAAAGAGCUCAAUCCGCACAUCAUCUGUGUACUUUGCGGGGGGUAUCUGGUGGAUGCGACAACGAUAAUAGAGUGCCUUCACUCAUUUUGUCGCGGCUGCAUUGUACGUUACUUAGACACGAGCUACCGCUGUCCAGUGUGUGACGCAGAAAUACACAAGACGAGACCUUUACUCAACAUUAGGGCAGAUAACGUGCUUCAGGACAUCGUGUACAAAGUUGUACCGGGAAUGUAUUUCGAGGAGAAAAAGAGACGGAAGGGAUGCGAAGAACAGUUAAAGAAAUCACGAAAUCCAGAGAAACUAUCCCAGGAAGUGUGUGAUACGAAAACUAUUGAUAAGGAGAAAGAGCAAACAACCGAUGAACCGGAUAUCGAGGACCCCAUCUGCCUGACCCUGGAAUUCUACAAGCGAAGAAAGAAUACCAGUGAGCAACAGAUCUUUCCGACUCGUUACCUACGAUGUACUUCAUCUGUGACUGUCAGCGUCAUCAAGAAAUUUCUCACCAUCAAGUUUGGAAUCCCACCAACACAUAAGUCUGAGCUGAUUCGAUCAGAUGAGAUACUUGAUGAUAAUCUGACUAUGAAGGAGCUGACGCGGAUCUAUGGGAUCUUCUCCAAGGCGCACUUGGAUCUGCAGUACUUAUUCAUGUCGGUGAAGGAUGACGAUUACGAGGCGGAGCAGGAGGCCAAGAGGCAAAAGCUCGCGCAUGCGGAGCGACAGCGGGAGCUGUAUUUAUUGUACCAGAAGCAGCAACAACGACGACGGGAACUAGAGAGAGAAGAACAAGGACGCGAACAGCGCGAACUGGACACGAGCGGCUCACCGGCACAUGAGCUGGUUCAUAAACUUUCGAGCAAAAAGCGCAAACGUGUUUCGGGAGGUCACCAAAAACCGUCUAAACACAAACCAGGAAAUACUGGGCUAACAACACAACCUGGAUGUACCCGGAUACCAACACAAGCGGGAGAUACUGGGAUACCAACACAAGUGGGAGAUACUGAGAUUCCAACAGAAGCGGGAGAUACUAGGAUACCAACACAAGUGGGAGAUACUGGGAUACCAACACAAGCGGGAUAUACUGGGAUACCAACACAAGCGGGAGAUACUGUGAUACCAACACAAGCGGGAGAUACUAGGAUACCAACACAAGCGGGAGAUACUGGGGAAAACUGGGCAAAAAAUCAAUUGGAGUGUACUGGGGCGAGACAACGAGUGGAAGAGACUGGGGCGAGACAAAAAGGAGACACCGAGGAUGUGGGACUUGCGAUAUACGUCAACAAGCAAAACAUUCAGAAGCAAGAACUUAAUGACGGACCUAAAGAUGACGACAUCAAAAUCACUACAGACGGUCUGGGGACUUGGCCACUAGGAUGCGAUUCAGAAUCCUCUAGCACGAAAGAGAACAAUGCCUUGAUUGACAACAUUCCUGUUAACCCGACGACAAACGGUAACCACGGUAACAAGAGGUCACAGGAAAUGAACGAAAAACGAGCAGCACAAGAGAAAGUGGAAGUAUAUUGAGUUGCAUGACUUUACUAUGUGUAGAUAUAUUUGUUUCUAUAAAUUCGAAAAGAAUUUCUG